GUAGGCGUCAGAAAUUAGGCAAACGACAACGUUCCCAAAGUUAUGUCCCAUACUUUGACAAGACAUACGUCUGCCACAUCCUGCAUUGUUCCAGUUCUGUUGUCAGCUACUGCGGAGUCUCAGAGGGAAAUCCUCACUUAUGCCUUACUUGACACACAGAGUGAUUCAACCUUUAUUCUUGCAGACCUGGUAUCAAAGUUAAGUGUGAGCACCAAGCCAUUACAGCUAAAGCUCAGCACAAUGACAGCGGUUGACGAAGUUAUAUCAAGCCAAAUUGCUCACGGUCUGCAAGUGCGUGGCUUCAACUCUAAAGCUCAAGUCCAACUCCGUCAAGCCUAUACAAGAGAUUUCAUUCCAGUAGGUAAGUCUCACAUCCCCACUAAGGAGACUGCACUCCAGUGGUCACACCUCAAACACUUGGCAAACAAGUUACAGCCACUUCAAGAUUGCGAAGUAGGACUACUGAUCGGUUAUGACUGCCCAUUAGCACUGGCUCCCUUGGAGGUUGUUAUCGGCUCCGGAAAUGAACCCUUCGCUCAAAAAACUAUGCUCGGCUGGAGCAUUGUAGGAUCAGCAAAUCCACAUCUUGAUAGACAGGGUAGCCAGAGCUUCGUACACAGAGUCGCAGUGAAAGAAAUGCCAAUGCCGCCGGUCGCUGAUGUGUUAAAGGCUUUAGAAAUGGACUUCAUUGAAAGAAAUUAUGAAGAUAAGUACGUGUCUCAAGAUGAUGUUCGCUUCGUGCAGUUUCUCUCGGAAACUACAAUGAAAAGGAAAGAUGGACACUACGAGAUGCCGUUACCCUUCAAAGACAACAGUCAACUGGCACUACCAAACAAUAAGAGCCUGGCCCUUAUUCGACUUCAUCAUCUAAAGAAAAGAUUAAAGGGAAAUAGACAGUACCAUGAACACUACACUGCAUUUAUGGAAGAAACAAUCAGAAAAGGUGAUGCAGAACCAGCCCCUUCAUUAUCAGAGGAAGAGACAGUGUGGUACAUCCCACAUCACAGGGUUUAUCACCCCAGGAAGCCAGACAAGUUGAGAGUUGUCUUUGAUUGUUCAGCAAAGUUCAAAGGCAUCUCCCUAAACGAUACCUUGCUGACAGGUCCCGACCUGAUAAACUCUCUAGUGGGAGUCCUCUGUCGCUUCAGGAAGGAAGCAGUUGCUGUGAUAUGCGACAUUGAAAAGAUGUUCCAUCAGUUCUAUAUGCCCUCAGAAAUGCGCAAUUACUUAAGGUUCCUUUGGUGGGAGAACGGUCAGUUGGAAACAGAACCGAAAGAAUACAGAAUGGCAGUUCACCUUUUCGGUGCCAGCUCCGCUCCAGGAUGUGCCAAUGUCGGCCUUAAGUAUCUUGCACGACAACACAAGUCAGAACAUCCCUCAGCAUCAGCCUUCAUCGAUAAGAACUUUUAUGUCGACGACGGCCUAACUAGCGUUCCAACAGUCAGCGAAGCUUUGAAUCUAAUCCUCGAAACUCAAGGAUUAUGUAAAAAUGCUGGCCUACGACUGCAUAAGUUCAACUCUAAUAAAAGGGACGUCCUGUCCUGUAUAGCUCCGUCAGAAAGAGCAACAACUAGUGUACCUGUCAAACUUAGCCCAGACUCAACAACAGAAGGACAAGUACUUGCUAUUCAGUGGUCAAUUGAAAACGACACCUUCAGUUUCAGUGCUGACAUAAAGGAUCAACCCUCAACUCGUCGUGGUAUCCUGUCAGUCGUAGCCUCCCUUUAUGAUCCUCUAGGCUUCAUAGCCCCCUUCAUACUGAGUGGCAAGUGCAUUCUCCAAGAGCUUUGCCGCAGAGGCAUCAGUUGGGAUGAAGCACUUCCUGAGAGCUUAUGUCCACGGUGGGAAGCUUGGAAGAGUAGUCUGCAAACUUUAAGGGAAAUCAAGAUACCCAGAUGUUACCAUCCCCCAGACUUUGGUAACAGAAUGAAAGUGGAACUACACCACUUUUCCGAUGCCAGCAACAUAGGAUAUGGUGCCUGUUCGUACCUUAGGUACAAAAAUGACAGAGAUCAAGUCCAUUGCAGCUUCGUAAUGGCCAAGGCAAGAGUCGCACCAACGAAGAUUGUGAGCAUCCCAAGGCUUGAACUCUCAGCUGCCGUCACUGCAGCAAGGUUGAGUGUCAUGUUGAAGGCAGAACUUGAAAUAGAAGUUGACAAAGAGUUCUUCUGGACAGACUCCCAAGUAGUCUUAGCCUAUAUCAAUAACGAAGCAAGAAGGUUUCACGUGUUUGUAGCCAAUCGUGUUCAACUCAUAAGAGAGAUUACAGAUCCAACCCAGUGGCAUUAUGUGGAUACGACACAAAACCCAGCCGACCAUGCAUCCAGGGGUCUACAUGUAGCGGAUAUCUCCACCUCAAGUUGGUUAUCUGGGCCUAGUUUCCUUUGGAGAUCUGAAGUGCACGCAUCUUCAAGCUCUUCAGCAGAACUAAUUGUAGACGAUCCUAAAGUCAAACCCAUUACAACCCUUGCAUCACAAGCCAAUGAACAAUUCUGGAGUCGGUGGAAAAGAGAAUACCUCAUGAGUGUUUCCACAAGACAGAAAUGGCACACACCUCGACGUAACCUCAAAGUAAAUGAUAUUGUCAUAAUCAAAGAUGAUAUGUCUCCCAGAUGCCAGUGGCAACUAGGACGUGUAAUUGAAACUACAAUAGAAAAGGAUGAUCUAGUUCGUCGAGUCAAGGUGUUAGUAGGUGACAAAAGACUGCAAGAUAAGAAGGACUAUGUACCAAAACCUUCAAUUAUUGAACGUCCUAUUCAAAAGCUAGUAGUUCUCAUAGAAAGCAAAUAAGUUCAGUUUUAGUGAUACACUAGCAUACCACCACACAAGACAGUAGCCAGUUACAGAGGUACCUAUAAGCUAAAUUGUGUAUGAUGUACCAUGUUUUAUAGCGGCCAAGGUUAUGUUCUGUAAAUUAUGUAUGACUUUUAGGUUAUAUUCAUCAUAACAUAAUUUGGUGGGAGUGUAACUGUCCGCUUACCAUUGUGGAUCUUGUUCAGCACUUACUGCUGGGUGGAACCUUUCUGCCUCCCUUUGGUUCCCUGGGGAAUGUUUUGAUCAGCAGGAUUACAAGACCACUCCUUCUUCCUGUCUU